GUUAAAAUGCAUCAUUUAAGGAAAUUUGUCUCGUUCACCUAUUUAUAAAAACUGUUAGCAAUAAACUUGAAUGAUGAUGCAUUUUGAUUAGGUGUUGCCUAACACGCCCUAUAAAAACUAAUGAUAAGAAAUUGAAACUGAUAAUUAAUGGAGAGCGAGAAGCACUUUGUUCUAGUCCAUGGCAUGUGCCAUGGAGCUUGGUCCUGGUACAAGGUUGUCACUCUGCUCAAAUUGGCCGGCCACCGCGUCACCGCCUUGGACCUCGGUGCUAGCGGCGUCAACAGUAAGCGGAAUGAUGAGAUUGCUUCCAUCUCCGACUACCUGCAACCAUUGAUGGACUUCAUGGCCUCUCUGCCUCAUGAUGAGAAGGUGGUCUUGGUUGGUCACAGUUUUGGUGGCUUUGUCAUUUCUCUAGCCAUGGAAAGUUUUCCAAGCAACAUAUUGUUAGCAGUUUAUGUCACAGCCUUCAUGCCAAAUUACACAUCCCCACCAGCAACUUUAGUUCAAGAAUUUUUCAGCAGGACCCCAAUGGAAUCCUUAUCGGGCCUCCAGUUUUCGUUUGAUCACGGGCAGGAGAACCCGGCAACCUCGGCCAUUUUUGGUCCAGAUUACAUGUCAAGUUUCCUAUAUCAACAUUGCCAAUCGGAGGACCUGGAAUUAGCCAAAAUGUUGGUGAGGCCAAGUGGGUUGUUCAAGGAAGACUUGGGCAAGGAAUCUCUGCUAACCGAGGAGAAAUUCGGGUCGGUGAAUCGGGUUUUUGUAGUGUGUGGAGAAGAUCAACUGUUGAAAGAGGAAUUCCAGAGAUGGAUGAUUCAGAACAGUCCUGCUAAAGAAGUGAAGUUGAUAGCUGAAGCUGGCCAUAUGGUAAUGCUAUCCAAACCCAAAGAGCUUUGCCUCUGUAUCCAAGAGAUUGCUGAGAAAUAUUCAGUUUCUGUAAGCUCUGCCUAAAUCUGGGAUUUAUGGCACAAUGUUUAUCCAACUAAAACCGGAUACUAUCUAUUAUCUUCA